CCAUUGUUGGGGAUCUCCUGGUAACGGAGUCAAUAUAAACGAUAAUGAACUUCAGAAACCUCUUCUUGUCGUUCUUCUUCCUUCUGGCAGUUGGACUGGCUCUGGUCCACGCCGAAGAAGCUCAACAGCCUCGCGGUCCGAAGAUCACUCAUAAGGUGUACUUCGAUAUUGAGCAUGGAGAUAAGCCUCUAGGCAGAGUUGUGCUCGGGUUGUACGGCAAGACCGUUCCCAAGACCGCUGAGAACUUCCGGGCUCUUGCUACCGGCGAAAAGGGCUUUGGCUACGAGGGAUCUACCUUCCACCGUGUUAUCAAGCAGUUCAUGAUUCAGGGCGGUGACUUCACCCGUGGUGACGGCACUGGCGGAAAGUCCAUCUAUGGCGAGAAAUUCCAGGAUGAGAACUUCAAGAUUAGGCACACUAAGAAGGGUCUUCUCAGCAUGGCCAACGCUGGCAAGGAUACCAACGGAUCCCAGUUCUUCAUCACUACUGUUCCUACUCCAUGGCUCGAUGGCCGCCACGUCGUUUUCGGCGAGGUCCUUGAGGGUUAUGAUGUGGUCGAAGCCAUUGAAAACGUUCCUAAGGCUCCUGGCGACAAGCCCGAACAGGUGGUCAAGAUUGUCAAGAGUGGAGAGCUGGAGUCUAAGGACAAAGGUAGCCACGAGGAGCUGUAGACCUUUUCCGGGUCAUUGUUUACUUCUUGGAAUAGAUUGAAGCGUGCUGAUGGUUCUUGGCCUAUUAAAGAAGACAAUGUUAUCACUGAAGAACCGUCAGAGAUUCCGGCACCAUCGACACCAGCACCAACUCCACCAUCAGCAAGCUCCUGGGCUUCCUCUUAUCCUCUGUCCGGGUUCGUAGUAUUCCUUGUUGCCAUCGCUCUUAUCGUGAUCUCCGUUCGGAGACGCUACAAGGGCCGGUGCCGAUGCCACGGGAAAGAGAGCGAUGAGAAAAGUAUUGCUUGAAAAGAAACGCAGGAUGACGAUAUUUAGUUAGACACUAUUUGCUCCCCAGAUCAACCAUCCAAUUAGAAUUAGCUUCCCCGAUACGCAUCUGACUACAGAAGGUACUCCGUACUAAGUAGGAGUAGUAGUAACCCGGCGUACCUAUCAACGAACGGGCUUCUGUGUGUAGUCGGAUUAUCCCCCAUAGAAGCGGUCAGUAACAGUUCAUCAACUUGGUAGUGG